AUGUCGUGCGCGUUGCGGCUCCCGACUAUUCGUGUGAUCGCAAACCAGGCAAAUGUUGAACUAUCAGCUUCAGCAUCGAUCAAUAUUGAUGCCCCUGGUGGCGCAUGGCAUAUUGCAACGAUCAAGGAUCUCUCCUCGGCAGUGGAAGAUUGUCAUCUUUGGAUUGCUCGGUCCGGUGCUUGUUGCCUUGAGGUUUCUAUUACAAUAAAUGGACAUCCGAUCCUUGAGACUUUCCGUCUCAAUGCCAUCGCCGAGGCAGUCAGCGGUUGCGAGGUUUGGGGUCGCCUGGGCGUUCAUCUAGAACCCAACCGUUCGUGUCCAGUUCAGCAACCUGGACUUCUAUCUUUCUCACUCCAGCACCCAGAUCUCUCUUCGGCUCUCGUUGCCCCAGUUUCAGCCUGUACCACAGCAUUUCGAAGGCUAACGUUGUCUAUCGAUGUGGGUAACUUGUCUCAAGAAGAAGAACGGCCUCGAAAAUGUUUAAGAACGAGCAAGCGGCGGAAGAAGAGGGUUAAGUCGAAGGAAAGGGUCGAAGGCUUUAUCGAGAGCAAUUUGCUAAACACUCUGGAGCUGACCGACCAACAAGCUAUUGACAGCUUCAUGCUUAGUCUCAACUCCCUAGGCGAAGAAGGGAGCGUGAAUGCAUCGCAGACUCUCCUCAGGGAGGAUACUAUCCAGGAUAUCAAAGUAUUGGAAGACCUGCAGUCAUCGUCCUUAGUCGAAAUUCUCUUUGAGCAAUUGAUGCUGGCGCCAGAGAGGUCGUACAGGGGCUACCAAGUCUGGGGCUGCGGACUCAGUUACUGCCUCACCAAGCUUGCGCCGGGAGUAUUUCAUAUGCCUUACCUCAAGAGCAUAUGGGACCGCGCCGAACUACUACCCAUCAUUGCCACAUCCUUAGCAAGUAUGCAGCAUGCCGAGUCGCCGGUGCUCAGACAGCAAGUGGCCGAUCUAGCAUCGGGCUACGAGGCUUAUUCUCACCCACAUAGUGCAAAAAAAGGCUCUGUGGACAUACUGGAGAGAAAGGCAUGGGAGGUACUUCUUCUAAAUGUCAAUAUGCCUCCAGUGACAAAUAGGAGAACGCCAAAAAGACUCAUGUUCCCGACUCGAAACUCUCGCAUAUCGGACCAAGGGUUCGUUGCGCCAAAACCAGGCGAAUGCGUGCAUCCAAAAAGUCAAAGAAGUACAAUGAUGGAUGUAAGCUGGGACAUCAUGGAUGGUUACCUCGACAUUGCGAAGGGUGAGGAGCAUCACGAAGCAAUAACUGACUUGAGUCUCGAAGUUGUCAAAACGGAUCAAGAUCUAUGGAGUGAUGCUACAAGUAGCCCAACCUUCAUAGGUUGGCCAGAGCCAUGGCCUGGUGAAACUGGUCGGUGUGUAACUGGUUUUGACACAAUGGGGUUUAUGGAUGAGAUGCCACUUGAGCAAGCUUGGAUGAGGCAGGAUAUUGACCUCACAACAAGACGGGAGACAAUAGUCGACCCAGCAAACUUCCCAAGUCUGGACCACUGGCUGAUCUGCGAUAAUCAAUGUAACUUAGACUAA